UUCGGCAGAACGGCGCACGCCUCACGGGCGCAUCGAUGAGACGGGCUCGAUUAAACAUCCUGCACAGAGAGCGGCGUGGCCUGAUCAUCCGCUGAUCACUGCUGGGCGGUAAGGCUUGUGUUACAGUGCGGGGCUGACAGCAGUUACAGCGGAAAAGGGAAAAGGGAGAAGUAACACGGAGGAGGACCGUUUUUUUUUUCCAGGGAGAUACACUUCAGCAAGGUUGCCACGGGCACAAUGGUUUCAAUUCCUAAAUACUACGAGGGGAAGAAUGUCCUCAUCACUGGCGCCACCGGAUUCAUGGGCAAAGUCCUGCUGGAAAAGCUGCUGCGCUCCUGUCCCGCUGUGAACGCUGUGUAUGUGCUGGUGAGGCAAAAGGCAGGGCAAGCCCCCAAAGCACGGAUUGAUGACAUGGUGAACUGCAAGCUGUUCGAUAGAUUGAGGGAUGAGCAGCCAAAUUUUGCAGACAAAGUUAUUGCUGUGAGCAGUGAUCUGACGCAGUCUGAACUUGACCUGAGCAAAGAGGACCAAGAGAAACUUGCCGACUGCAUUCACAUUGUCUUCCACUGCGCUGCCACUGUCAGAUUCAAUGAGCCACUGAAGGAUGCAGUGCAGCUGAAUGUUCUGGCUACCCAGCAGCUUAUAGCCCUGGCUCAUAGAAUGAAGCAGCUUGAGGUUUUCAUCCAUGUUUCAACAGCGUACGCCAACUGCAACCGCAAGCUCAUUGAAGAAGUAGUGUACCCACCUCCGGUGGAUUAUAAGAAGCUUAUUGACUCUUUAGAGUGGAUGGAUGAUAAACUCAUUAAUGAGAUUACACCAAAGCUUAUUGGAGACAGGCCAAACACGUACACCUAUACAAAGGCUCUGGCAGAAUAUGUGGUUCAGCAAGAAUGUGGAAACCUCAAUGUGGCAAUUAUAAGACCUUCUAUUGUGGGAGCCAGCUGGAUGGAGCCAUUUCCAGGCUGGAUUGAUAAUUUUAAUGGACCCAGUGGAAUAUUUAUUGCUGCUGGAAAGGGAAUCCUUCGUACAAUGAGAGCCUCUAAUAGUGCUGUAGCAGAUCUUGUCCCAGUAGACGUAGUCAUCAAUACUACACUGGCUGCAGCAUGGUACUCUGGAGUUCACAGAUAUACCAGGCCAAGAAGUGUGUUGGUGUACAACUGCACAACAGGUGGCGUCAACCCCUUUCACUGGGGUGAAGUUGAGUACCAUGUUAUAUCUACUUUCAAGAGGAACCCACUCGAGCAGGCCUUCAGACGGCCCAAUGUUAAUCUCACAUCCAGUCACCUAAUCUAUCAAUACUGGAUUGCUGUAAGCCACAAGGCACCAGCAUUCCUAUAUGAUAUCUACCUCAGGAUAACAGGAAGAACACCAAGAAUGAUGAAGACCAUCACUCGUCUUCACAAAGCCAUGAUGCUCCUAGAAUAUUUCACCAGCCACUCUUGGGUUUGGAGCACCGACAACACCAACAUGCUUCUGAAUCAGUUAACCCCAGAAGACAAGAAGGUUUUCAACUUUGACGUAAGGCAGUUACACUGGGCUGAGUAUAUGGAGAACUAUUGCAUGGGAACAAAAAAAUAUGUGCUGAAUGAGGAGUUGUCUGGGCUGCCAGCUGCAAGGAAACAUCUGAACAAAUUAAGGAAUAUCAGAUAUGCUUUCAAUACCAUCUUAGUAGUCCUGAUUUGGAGAGUGUUUAUUGCAAGGUCUCAGAUGGCAAGGAACAUCUGGUAUUUUGUCGUCAGUCUGUGUUUCAAGUUCUUGUCCUACUUCCGAGCAUCCAGUACCAUGAGGUACUAAGAAGUGCCACGCUAUGCCCCCAGAAAGCUAUGCAUUUGAUGAAAUGCUUUACACAGCCUGGACAUUGUUGUUGGUAUUUGGUCGCUGUACUGACAAUGUGACACCUAAUUUCUUCUAUGCGAGUUCUCUGUCUGUAAGUUAUUUAACAUGACCUUAAACGGUAAAUGACGGUAAAUGUAGAAAACACAAAUCUGACUAGGUUUAAAGUCCUGGAAGUGCCCUAUAAUGUAUAUUAGUUCUACUGACUUCAGAGAGAGCCUUUGCGGAUAUUGUACAUUUGAAUAUUGAACUUAUAGUGCUUUAAACUAUGCUGAUGUCUGCAGGCAUUGUUUUUCAUUUGCAUGAAAUGCCGGGCUGCUUCUUCUGGGGUGACAGUAGUUAACUGCUGUUCUUUCUAGCAUUGGGGUUGCUGAUAGCAGUGAUUUUCAGUUCUGAAUUCUUAGUGAGAGCAAAUGGUGGAGUGAAUAAGAUGCAUGUAUCAUUAUUGAAAUUACUGUGUAUUUUGGUCUGUUUCUGUUCUUUCAUUUUUCCAUCUUUAUUUCAUUACGCUGCACAUCUUUACAUAUUCCUAGCCUUUUCUUUUGCUGUUAUUAAUUAAAAGACCUUUUAGAAGUUGAUUUAGUCAACAAACCUAUAUUGCUGAAGAACCAAUAUUAAUUUGAGCAAAUAUGCUACUUUCUUAAUACAUUAGAACCUGUUUUUUCAAAGGGGGUGAAUGGGAUAAAGGAACUAAAAUGUACUGUUUCAGCAGCUUUAAGUUUAAUGUCAUCUAAAGAAGUGUUUGGCCAUAAAUCCUUUAGUUGUGUUGCCCAGGAUAUCACUUACAGUAGAUGUUGCUUAGUUCUAUAUGGUUUUGUUAAUGUAUUUGUUUGAUUUCUAUAAGUAUCAGUAGCUCCUUUCCCUUGCAUAUAGCACUUAUUUCCAGCCCAGGGACAUAGGCACUCUGGGCAUUAGGAAUAUCUCUUGUCAGAUUUGGGCUUGGUCCAAACAGCUAGGUAAGGGAUGUAUUUACUGUAUCUCCUUCGCUGAUUCUAUUAGUAUACUUAUACAAGUGGUGAGCCAAAAUGUGUGACUAUAUAUUAAAUUCAAAGUUGAAUGACAGGAGUGUCUUUCCCUUUUGGCUUUCAGUGUAUUUUAAAAUAUAAGCACAUACUCUAUAUAUACGGUAGGGUUAAUGGGUAAAUGCUUGUUUAAAAGAGUUUGAGACCACUCAAAAGUGGAGGGUGAUACUUGUGUUUUUUAGCUUUACACUCAAAGUUUACCCUUCACUUAGUAUAUAUAUUUGCCAGGAUUCUUGGAUUUAAAAUACUGUUGAUCUUUUUUUUUUUACAUAUAUGUGUUUAUUUUUUGUCAUACUCUGGAAAGUGAACAUUAGGCUUUGUGCUUGCAUUGUAACAUGCACUUAUGUGUAUCACAAAGGAGAGCUUUCCAUUUUGACUUGCUUGUUGAAACAGCGCUGUAAUACUAGCCUGGAGACCUGUAGAUACUAAAAGGCUUUUGGAAGGUGUGUGAAUUAUGCCUGAUUUUUUUUCAGAUGUCUAAAAAUGUGAAAAAGAGCAAUCAGAUCUAUGUUUUCUAAUCACUUUGUGUAAAACUCUAUUUAGGUAGCUAAAAAUAAACAAGAUUAGAUAGAGGUUUAAAACCUGAGUUAUAGAAGAAACUUUUAUUUUUGUGCUUAGAAAAUAUAAAAAGUGAUGUAUUUAUUUACAAAAAGAAAAAGAAAAAAACAUUAUUCUGAGUUAACUAUAAUGAUAGCAUUUGAGCUUGUCAGAUAAUUUCUAAUGUAUACCCUUUUCAAGAAAGCCAGUUUUUCUUUGUACUGUAUUUUUGCCGCUAAAACAGUCUUAAGACAUAUAUGAAAUCCCUUUUAGAUAUCCUAGCGCUUAUCUUGACCAUGUGAAGUCAUCUGAAAUCACAUGGAGUCUUGUCUGAUUUUUCCCCCUCUAAUUAAAAAUAACUUUUACAACUGUUACAGUAGCUAGUGUUUAAGAAUGUAAAUAGAAAUGUUGUUCUCCUCAGUCUGAAAUCUUUUACACCUAAAGAAAGAAGAGGUUAAAAUUAUAUAAAAUGACUAAUGUGUUUGGUGGCAAUUAAUGAUUUGUAUAUUCAGAAUGAUGUUGAUUAAUGUCCUGUUGUAUUUUUUUUCCUUAAUAAAGUGUCAAUGUGACUUCUUUGUAGUUGUGGGUUGGAAGCCAUGUUAAAAUCUGAUGUAAGAAACAGUGACCAGAUUGUUGUUUUUUUAUUUGAAUGGUCAGUUUUCUUCAUUUUGGGUGGUUUAAAAUUUGUACGCAGUUAACUUUUUUUCUUCAGCCAGUUAAAAUGUAUACAGUACAUAGUUAAUACACUGUGGGGUAUUAGUUUUGCUGAAUACAAGAAAAUGAAUUUGAAGCAUUUGCUUUCAGAACAUUUUUGUUUCCCUUGAUUUAAUUAAACAGACUUGUACAUUUUCAAUGUUAUCAAAAUGGUAGGUAAUGACAUUGUAUUACAUCUGUAAAUCCAAAGAUUUAGAGGAAA